AUGAAGAUGCCUGUGGUCUUAGUGACUCCCUUGGCCAAUGGUGACCUGGGCCUCAAGUUUGGGUAUCCCACGCCGGACGGUGGGUGCCAGAAGAUGGACAUGACCUUCACCAAGGGGACCACGGAGGGGCAGUUCAGCAACCCAGCCAUGGCCCAGACUGACAUCCGCGUGGCCUUCACGGACUACCAGCACUUCGCCUUGUUAUACUUCGAGACGCGGAAGGGGGGCCUGCGGAACGUCUGGCUGCAGCUCUACGGUGGGCGGGCCCGAGCCCCGGAGCUGUUUCCCGAAGGCGCCCAGAAGAUGCAGCUGCUGGCACCCCAAGUGGGCCUCAACCCCAGCCAGGGCGCCCUCCUGCCCAAGUCUGACCAGUGCGCCGGCGCCCUCUCCCAGGUGAGUGGACCCGCGGGACCGGCGCCCCGGGACCAGUGA